UCUGCGAGGCACCGUACCAGCUGACAAGGGAAGUAGGUCAUGACAGUCACCUGACUAAACAUGCUGCCUUGCUAAUUUAAUAAACUCGACCAGUUUAGGGACAUGCUUAAUUUAGCUGUUAAAUAAAACGUUACCGCUGGAGGAGAUGCAUUUUAUCACCACCGGAGACGAUUUGGCGUCAAUUCGGAUAGCUAGCUAGCUAAUUAACGCUCUUCUGUCGUCUCCUGUGGUUUGUGACUGUUGGAGCAAACAGAAACAAAAAUGCCUCAGUCAGUGGCUAUUAUCAGUGGAAUCCAGAGGAUGGUUUUGUACGAAACCAGAGCAAGGUAUUUUCUGGUUGGGAGCAAUCAAGCACAGACCAAACACCGAGUCUUAAAGAUUGACCGCACAGAACCCAAGGACCUGGUCGUAAUUGACGAUAAGCAUGUGUACAACCAGCAAGAAGUACGGGAGUUGCUGGGCCGCUUGGACCUCGGUAACCGCACUAAAAUUGGCCAGAAGGGUUCCUCAGGCCUCUCCAGGGCUGUCUUGGCCUGUGGCAUCGUGGGGUUCGUACGGUUCCUCGAGGGUUACUACAUAGUGUUGAUCACCAAACGCAGAAAGAUGGCGGACAUCGGUGGCCACUCCAUCUACAAAAUUGAAGACACCACUAUGAUCUACAUUCCCAAUGACUCGGUCAGAGUCACACACCCCGAUGAAGCAAGAUAUGUGCGGAUCUUUCAGAAUGUGGACCUUUCCAGCAACUUCUACUUCAGCUAUAGCUAUGACCUGAGCCACUCGCUGCAGUACAACCUGACUCUGCUGCAGAGACCUUAUGAACUGUGGUCAUCAGCAGCUUCCUCUGGUGAAGAAGAGGUUCAUACGCAGAGCAAGCAGGACAGCUUUGACAUCUUUGAAGAUGAAGGUUUACCUACUCAAGUGGUUUACGGCCUCCAGACUGAACCGUACUACAAGUACGUGUGGAACGGGAAGCUCCUGGAGCGUGUUAAGGACAUCUUGCAUCAUGAUUGGCUCAUGUACAUCAUCCACGGCUUCUGUGGCCAGUCCAAGCUCCUGAUCUACGGCCGACCAGUCCACAUCACUCUCAUUGCCAGACGCUCCAGCAAAUUUGCCGGGACGCGCUUCCUGAAAAGAGGAGCCAACUGCGAGGGCGAUGUGGCUAAUGAGGUAGAGACUGAACAGAUCGUCCAUGACGCCUCAGUUAUGUCUUUCACAGCAGGGAGUUACUCCUCAUACGUCCAAGUGCGGGGUUCGGUCCCACUCUACUGGUCCCAGGACAUUUCCACCAUGAUGCCAAAACCCCCAAUACGAUUGGACCAAGCUGACCCAUACGCCCAUGUAGCCGCCCUCCAUUUUGACCAGAUGCUGCAGCGGUUCGGCUCACCUAUUAUCAUCCUCAACUUGGUCAAGAAACGUGAAAAAAGGAAACACGAGAAGAUUCUGAGUGAAGAGCUUUACCCUGCUGUGAUCAACCUGAACCAGUUCCUCCCUCCAGACCACUGCAUCGACUACAUCGCCUGGGACAUGGCUCGCUACACCAAGAGCAAGUUGUGCAAUGUUCUGGACCGCCUUAGCAUGAUAGCGGAGAACGUGGUCAAGCGUACGGGUUUCUUCAUUAAUCGCUCCGACUUCUACUGUCACACCCUCAGACCAGACGACAGGUGGGGAGAUUUAGGUGGACACAUUGCAUCCAGCGGGCGAGUGCAGACUGGUGUGUUGAGGACCAACUGCGUGGAUUGUCUCGACCGGACCAACACUGCCCAGUUCAUGGUGGGGAAAUGUGCACUGGCCUAUCAGCUUUACGCACUGGGAAUGAUCGACAAGCCCAAGCUGCAGUUUGAUACAGACUGUGUCAGGUUGUUUGAGGAGCUCUACGAGGAUCAUGGAGACACUUUAUCGUUGCAGUAUGGCGGCUCACAGCUGGUCCACAGGGUCAAAACCUACCGCAAGAUCGCACCCUGGACACAGCACUCCAAAGACAUCAUGCAGACGCUGUCACGCUACUACAGCAACGCUUUCUCAGAUGCUGACCGACAAGAUGCCAUCAAUUUGUUCCUCCAAGUUUACCAGCCGUCGGAGACCAAGCCGCACCUUUGGGAGCUGCCAACUGACUUCUACCUGCAUCAAAGGAGCACCAUGGCCCUUCCUCAAGACAGACGCAGCUACACACUGUGGUGGUCAGAGGGAAUCCUGUCCUACCUUCCUGUGGCCUAUGAUGAAGUCCCCUGUGACGACACCAUGAAGAAGGUCAAAGUAAAGAGAGUGAACCGCUUUGACGAGGCCAUCGACAUCUACACGGAAUUCUAACCUUAUGAACUCACCUGCUUUGAUGAGACAUUUUGCAUUGCCAUGACCAACUCUGCACAGGAAUUUAUGCCAAAGACAGUAGGAGUGGAUCAGCCAUUCACAGUUCGCAAGCCGGAGGAAACUGGAAAAUCAGUGCUGGGCAACAAGAGCAAUAAGGAGGAGACGCUGCUCCAAAGGAAGACUGCAGCCAGCGCACCUCCUCCCCCGAGUGAGGAGGCCAUCUCCAGCACCUCGGAGGACGACUCCGAGGACGAUCGUGACGACGAUGGCUCCGUCUCCCAGCGAUCCACCCCGAUCAAGCUGCUAACAGAAUCAGGAGAGAGCAGUCGCACACAGGAGGAACUUCAAGCUCAGCAGACCGUUAAGGAGCCAUAUGGACUCAAUCUGGCCGAGUUUCCUUCAGAGGAAGACGUUCUCAUUUACAAAAGGUUUGCACACCUCGGGGAGAGUCAGCACACAGUGGAGAGAACUCAGCACAUAAAGCUGGCCAACAUCAUCUGUUUAGAGCCGGUGUCCUGCUUCCCGGACGACAGCGUCUUCUCCGUCUGUCCUCCACAGGUGGACAGGAAGAGCCACGACGUGUUCGAGAGCCACGUGAUGCUGGGCCAGGGCCAGGUGAGGGCGCUGUGCCGCGAGGACGUGCUGAUGUACCGGGAGUACGUCAAGAACAGAUACAUGUGAGACGCACGAAACGGGAAGUGGAGCUCUGCUACCGGAGCCGGGACCGUCAGCUGCAGCACUCCAGCAUCACCAGUCCGAAGGUUUCAGCUUUGAGAUUUAUUUAUUUUUUUGUAAUUUGUUUGUUUUGCGACUCCAGAAGAGAUCCAGAUCUUAUGUUGGACUGCCGUUAAUGAAGAUGACGGUGCAUGUAUUAGGACCCAGUUAUGCCGGAGAGUAGAUAUAUUUUAUGUUUUUUAGUAGUUUCUCAGUUUUUGGUUUUUUUUUUAAAUGAAAGAAAUCGUGCCUCAUCAGGGUACCCAAAAGCUGCUUUUUAUUUUAAUUUUUUUGUGUCUUUGGUUCAAUUUUAAUUGCAGCUUUUUAAAGGCGAUUUAUUUAUGCAGGUUUCAUGUAAAUUCAUGUCAUAAUUUAGAAUCUUAAAUGUUGAAACCGCUGCUGGAGGACCUUUGUCUGCAUUUUUAACAGAAAGCCUGUGAUAAAAACUAAUUAGAAAGAGAAUGCAUUAUGGGAAAUGUAGGAUGUCGUGCUUUCUGAGGAGUACUGAAACUUAAUCAGUGGAACGUGUCGUGCUCAGCGACACACGUGCUUCAGGUUCUAAUUGAGCUUUUAUUGCUUUUGCCAAAUACUUUUCGAGUCAUUUGAGAAAUCAGUUUGAAAAAGUCAGGUGGAAAUUUGUUUUUCCUUCUUUCUUUUUUUUAAUUUAAUCAAAACCCUUGUCUGGUUUUAUUUCAUAAAUCAGUGGUGUUUUUUUUUUCUUAAUCUCUGAACAGAACCUGAUAUCUGUUUUGUUUUUUCCAGUUUCCUGAAUUGCAAACUGAUUUUAUUUCUUGUAAAUGCGCUCCUGAGCUGUCGGCUAAUCACGGCCAACACAAGUUCUGCAUUAAACAUUUAUUUAUUAAGGAGGCGUGACUGAUCGGUUGCCUGCCAGCGCUGUUCAUGCACUCUGGUGUUUUUUUUCCUCUUUUGUUCUUCCACUUGCAUGUCGGAGCUCCGUUGUUCUUCACAUGCAGAAAAAAACCCGACUAUCACGCCGCUCAUGCGUCACUUUCCCGCGCUCCCUCCUCACCCAUUACGCACCCCAUUAACUUUUGUUCUAUCUCACACUCUCUCGACUCCCUCUCUUCUCUUUUUAUGCUCGGCUUUCAACCGCAGGUGUCAGAAAAUGUGAAAAGCGAUGAAGACCGCCUCCCCUCCUCCUCCAACCCGUAUAACACACAAUCAGUGGGCAAACUGACCGACCACUGCUCUGUGCCUCGUGAGUCUGAGGAUGGGGGAGGUGGGGGAGGGCUGCCUCAGCAUGUGAUGUGAUGGAGAAUGGCUGGGGAAUUGAAGGAAAAAUAACAGUUUUUUUGUGUGUGUAAUUUGUAUUUAAAAUCAAAUUAACUCCAGAGAGAAACACGAGCCGUCUCCAGCCCCUUCAGGGUAAUUGGGAGUGGAGCAGAUAUGUGUUACCCAGAACCCUCUCAGCUACUCCUGGAGGCAUCUUCUGCAUCUCUACAUCGUCUGCCUUGUCUCCCCUGGAUGCUGCAGUGUCCUCGUAGUUUCUGACGAUUUCUGUUUGGCAGAGGGAAUGGAUUUCGACCUUGUGCUCAGCAGCUUUUAUACAAACAAUUUUUUUAUUGAUUUCCACAUCAGCAAAUACAGUGGAGCAGUAAAACCUUUGAGAAGACCCUCCAGACAACUUCAGAGAUGGAUAAAAAUGCUCUGAUCUGUUCACUGUAUAUCUGUAUUUAUGACACGACUGUCCCUCAUCUGUCCACAAAGUCUUGAAGCUGGAUUUUCACCUCCUCCUGUACUGAAAAGUUCUGCAAAUAUAAUAAAUAUUUUGAUUCCAAAUAUUCAACCUA